CUACUUCAGCUUGAUGCAGUCUUAUCUUGCAUCAGACUGUCCGGCAACAGUCAGACACACUGCGCCUGAUGGCUUGAGAAUCGAAGAUCAUUUCGCAGCUGAGCUGAGUGACGGGAGAUUCAUGGUCAGUCAACACUCCAUGCAGUCGGACUCUGGGUCGGGGUCGUACUUGAGGGAGCGAAGGGGACAAUUUCCGACGAGUUGUUCGAAGGGAGGGUCGCCUCUGCAUCACCGAAUUUGACGACCUCUACGUGGUGCUUGUCGAGCAAAGUUAUCCACGAAGCUUUUGCAGCUGACCAGAGCUGCAGAGAAGCCACUCACUGCCCCGGGAUGGCAACCAUCCAGAGAUCCUUUCAGAGGACAUGCCAACUAUGGAGACGUGUAUCACAGCAGUCGCCAGCCCUCUCCACGGGACUGAGGCAUAUGUCCUCGACCCCAGAGCCGAUCACGAACAAGAGACUGGAGGGGAAGGUGGCGAUCAUAACAGGAGGAGCCGGAGCGAUCGGCACGGCGACGAGCAAGCUGUUCGCAGCGCACGGGGCGCAAGUGGUGAUCGCGGACGUGAGCGAUGAGCGAGGGGAGAAGCUGGCGCAGGAGAUCGGGCACGGCGCAGUGUACAGGCGCACGGAUGUGACGAGCGAGGAGAAUGUGGCGGCCACCGUCGCCUUCGCCGUCGAGCAGUUCGGGCAGCUCGACAUCAUGUUCAACAACGCGGGCGUCAUCACGCCGCUCGACACCUUCGAGAACCUGGACAUGGAGCUCUACGACCGGCACACGGCGGUCCUGGUGCGCGGGGUGGUGUGCGGAAUCAAGCACGCCGCGCGAGCCAUGAUUCCACGUAAGCGCGGCGUCAUCCUCAACACGGCCAGCACCGCCUCGGUGCGCUCGGGAGCCACCAUGCCGCUCAUCUACAACAUCAACAAGUUCAACAUCCCGGGGCUGACGAGCGUCGCCUCGUUCCACCUGGCCAAGCACGGCAUACGUGUCAACGCCGUGUCGCCGCACGGCAUCCCAUCUGGCGUCGUGGUCGACUGGCUGCGCCUGCUAGGCUGUGACUCGACGUGGGAGAAGGUUGUGGCCGCCUUCAAGGCCGCGUCGCCCCUGCCCGACCGCCACACGACCAACGAGGACAUCGCCAACGCCGCCCUCUUCCUCUGCAGCGACGAGUCCGGGUACAUCAGCGGCCAGAACCUCGUCGUCGAUGCAGGAUUCUGCCAGAGCGUCGUCUACGAUCCUCUCCAGUUGGGCGAUCCCUUCAAGUCCUCGCCAUAGCUUCCUCUUCUUUUGCAUCCCUCCAAUUACAGACCUUUACGCGGUCAGAUGACCUGUAACAUGAGUUCGCUCUCAGCUGACCGCAUUAUCAAUGAUUUUCCACAUUACCAUGUGCGUCGAUAUGU